CUGAGCAUGUACGGCCUCCUUCAAUGUUUAUUUUCAUUUCAUAUUUUGGUUUGUACUUAUUUACAGACACUUGAAUGUGGACAUGUUCGUGGCUUUCUUUUAGUCCUACAUCUGUUCUUCUCUUUUUCUCCUGGGGGCCAGUGGAGAUGAGGACAGGGUCUGCUGAGUGCUGACCUUGAUCUCCCUCGCUCACCUCCCGAUUACUGGGGGAAAUACCCGGUCAUUAUGAUACACUUGCUUGAUUCGAAAAGUUUAAUUUUUUUCUUUACUGGACAUAAUUGGAUAGAUUUGACAUCUUAGCGGUGGGGGAGGGGAGAUUCACUACAAGCAGAGGACCCACACCUUGAAGCUUCAUCCCAUGCAUGUUCAGAAAUGUCAUCUCUUAAGGUGGAGUGUUUACAAGCGAUUCAUUUUUGACAAUUUGGUUUAAAUCAAAAAUCAACAACUUACAUAAGAAGAAUAUUUUCUCAGCGUUUUGAUUUUAAUGUAUCCAAAGGUUUCCCGAAAUGUAUAAUGUUAUGAAUAUAUUUGGUUAAUAGAUUUGACUCUGAAGCAAAUGCAGUUGGUGAGUACGUCAAAGAUUUAGCAAAAUGCAUUUGGCAACUCUGAAGUUUAGUCUUUUUAGAGGUAGGCUGCUUUACUAAAAUCAUAUCACACACACCACCUACCCACAGCUUUCAUGGAUUAGCUAAAGAAUAGUUUUUUUUAAUCUUGUAGUGUAAACUGUUAACUAAUGAGUGUGAAGAUAUGUAAAGUUUGAUUCUGGAAAAAAAAAGAUAAAUAUAUCUGUAAAUUAACAAAUACAGCCUCAUUAAGAAAUUAAAUCCAAAGGAAGAGAAACAUUUGUGGUACAUUAGCAGCUGCGUGUUAUUGUUGCGACAUUAAUCUUCAUUUGAAGAAAACAAAAAUAGAUUUAAGCGUAAAAAGCUGGCCGUUUGUCGCAAGUAGCCGGUCCACCUUAAGAGAAGUGGGCGGGCUUAAGCGCGACGGCCAAUGAGCGGCCCGCUCCGCAUUUAAAUAGCUCUCCUUGUCAAUCAUCCCCCUUCCUCGUCCCCCCGCCCCCCGGACCCAGGCUCCUCUCGGUCCAGCUUCAUCAUCCAUCGCCAUAUUGGGAGCUGAGACGCUUCGCCCGCAGUCUAUCUCACCGCGGGGCGACAUCUGACAGACAGCGCGGCUCCGGUGCCCCGUGUUUCACUUCGGUCUUUCCCGGCUCCGCGCAGACGACGCUCGGCUCCAUCACACUCGCGGCCGUUGGCGUCCCCUGCUCCGCGUCCUGCAUGGCAACGAGCCGCUUCUCUCUGGCUGUGGAUCCCGAGCGGAGACGAGGAGAGACCCGUUGUUUCUGAACGGUGCUGGGCUUCUCUACGUGUGAAAACUGGACGAUCGUCUGAGAAAUUGUCUCUCUGUACCUUAUUGCUUUUUUUUUUGGAGGUGGGGGGCGGAAAAUAAAAAUGUCAAACGUUCGACUUUCAAACGGGAGCCCGACGUUGGAGCGGACGGAGCCGCGGGUGUCGGAGCACCCGAAGCCGUCAGCCUGCAGGAGCCUCUUCGGCUCCGUGGACCACGAAGAGUUAAAGAGGGAUUUAAAGGGACACUUGCGGGAGAUGGAGGACACCGCCUCCGCCAAGUGGGGCUUCGACUUCGCCAGUUUCUCGCCGCUGGUCAACGACAGGCUCGACUGGAAGUUAGUGAACUGCAGGGACGUCCCGGAUUUCUACCAGCGGCCGCUGCGGACGAGGACCCGGGAGAAGGGCGUCUGCUCCGCCGGGAAUAACAAUGUGGAUCUUAACGGGAAUCAUAGCUGUGUUGUGGUGGCGGCAGCUCCGGGCGACGACAGCGCCAGGUCCGACGGGCAGAUGGAGUGCUCCGGGCUGAGGAAGAGACCUGCGUGCCACGAAGCCUCGGGCCAAAGCAAGAGGUCACACAGCAGCAGCGCGGAUGAGGUGAUCUGUCCCAGUCUGAGCCACUCCGCAGAACACACACCCAGAAAGAGCAGCCCCAAGAGGCUGACGUGAGCACCACAGACGAGCCGACGAUGUAUGUUCCCUUUUUUAUGUGGAAAGAGUCAGCGUUGGCAGAGUUUUUUUUUUCUUUUUCUUCUCUUUUUUUUUUCUUGCAAGAGGAACUACACAGCAUCACAAACAUAUCAAGUCUCCUGAAGGACGAGGAGGACGCUGUUGAAGCACUGAAUAGAAACACUAAAGUUGUGGCACUCAAUUAAAAGUAACUGCCUCUGAAAGCAGUCAAUGUAGCAGUGUGCAAUUAGGUUUGAUUUCCUUUUUUGCUCCUUUUUUUACUACCUGUGUGUAAAUAAAUAUAUAUUAUAUUAUAUUUCUCUCCAUAUGUAGCACAUAAGAUAACAUUAUGAUUUUGGAAAAAAAUCCUUUAUGUAACAAGGUGUGAAUUUUGAUUUGACUUGAAGAAUUGCAGUGUAGUUUGAUACGUGUUUCCAAAAUGCUGUUUUUUGUUUUUCUUAUUUUAUCCUCUGAAAGACUUUGACACGGUCCCUAAUUGCUACAUUUAAAACAAAAUCAUGGUUCCUUACAGUUUCUUAUCAGUGUGUCUUCACUCCGUCAUCUCCCUAACUCAGCAGUGAAGAAAGGUACAAAUGUAGCGCUUCUGUCUUUUAUUUACAUUUUUUGGGGGUAAUUUCAGUGUCACCAAGUGCAGGCUCCUCUAAAAGAUCUAUUUCCCCAGGAAAUCAACAAAGAGAAAGACAGUAAUAUUUCUGUUUGAGUAAUUUAAAGAAAGUCCUAUUUAUUUUUGUGGUAGGUGCUUUUAGCAUCAGUUGAAAUCUGGAAUAUAUUUUGUUUUUCUCAAGUACUCAUGCACACCUCAGCCACUUUGUCACGGUGUGUUUGAUUGUUCUCUGGAGUUGUGCGGUACUCAGACGUUGAAGGACUAAGAGCGUACAAACUGCACAGGUUCCUCGACUGUAUUCCUGUCGUUUCAUCAGCCUACAGAAAAUAGUUUUUUUUUUCUUGUUUUUUUUCUUCUAAAUAAGGGUUGAAUGUCCUACAAUACCAAAUACAAUGGUUGCUUCAGUAUGGUUGCCAACACUGCCUUUGCUUCUUAGUUGACUUCACAUUGUAUUUCUUUGUGAUAACCUAGACUUAAUAUUCCAUUGUUUUUCUUUUCACCAAUGUUUAGCCUGCUGACGAUGCCAAUGUGAGCAUCUAAAAGCUUCCCUCUAUUCGCCUAAAGUGUGGGUUAUGUUCAAAGAGACCAGUGUGCACCUGGAUGCAGAGCGAAAGAACAGCUCGUCUCAGAAAUGCAGUCACCAUGCCUGUGUAUUUGUGUAAAUCUUUGCAAAUGUACCUUUUGUACAUAAUUUUGUAAAAACACUGAGAAAUUAUACUAACUUAUUUAUGUCAAUUUUUUUUAUGUAGAAUAAAAUAAAAAAUGGGUUUUUGAUUACGGUUAUCCAAAGUGGCAUUUACUUUAUUAUAAUUGUCUUAUUUUGUAAAAGCAUAUUUUUUGUAGUUUUUUUUUUCUUUUUCUCUCUUAUCAAUAAGGUUGCAAACUGAGCCUGAUAAAAUAUUUGAUGUGGAUUUUGUAAUGUGUGGUUAUAAAAUGUGUUGCAAUCAAUUAAAAUAAUUAAAUUUG